CGGGGUCGGGUUUAUUGGCUCCGAAGGGACGUGUCCCGCGUAGGGAUCGCCCGCCUGCACUGAGUUCCCAGCUUUGACAGGCGCCGCGACUGCCCCAGGCGCUGUGUGCCCGCGGUUAUCACUGGGCGUUCGGCGCUCGUUGCCUUUAAAGAGCUUGUCCCACCUUGCAGCUCUGCUCUGCCUGUCUGUGUCGGCUGUUUGCUGGGCGGGAGUGGGGAAAGGACAAACCCGGUUGCGCCGUAGGUCUGAUCUCAGAGCACACGAGAUGAAACAGAAACCUUGUAACGCGGUCACUUGGUCGAGAUGAAGUUGGAAGUUGGCAGAGUUCCGCUCAGACCUGGCCUGCUCGGGGUCACACCGGUUUUGUUUGCACUGGAGUCUGUCGGGAACCUUUUCGUCUAAACGAGGGUAUUUCCGCACAUUAUGGUCAAAGUCUUGCUAGGUGUAAACCAGUCUUGCACUGGGUUUGUGAGUGACCCCUACUAUAUCCUUGUAGCAUAGAAAAUUACAAGGCUUGCCGUAUACCAGCCAGCCUGCUGUGGGUUUUUCUUACUAGGAUCCUGACAUCGGUACUUUGUUUUUGUGAACCAGUUGUUUGAAGUUGCAGGAUCGCUCCUUCCGCGUUGUUCAGCAGAAGUUGAAGGGGACACUGUAUUCACGUUGUUAAUGAUAAGGGACAGUUUGUUCGCUUGCUUUUUGCAUUAUUUGCAGUUUUAAUCCUCCCUAUUUCUCAAAUGAACGAUUGACUUCAUGGUCAGUGGUGAACAGCAGGGUGCCAGAUGGGGCUGGUGAAAGAGAGAGAGGAGCUACUGAACAGAAGUUCUCCCUGGAACUGUUCCAUUGUGGAGUGAAUCAGCUGUUAAUGCGUUUGUGUGUUUUAAGUGAGAGGGGUGUGAAGAGGACCUUGUUACAGUAUCCCUAAUGUCUUUUAAACAGGUUAUGCCUAGAAGAAGGUUUUUACCGUGUGCUUCUAUGGUAUCCAAGCUCACAUACUGACGCUUCCUUUGUAACUUUAUGGUAAAACAGAGUAUCAGUUUCGUUACCACAUCAUCUGCAUCCAGACGUCACUUUUAAGAAAAUGUGGACUGCUAAAAAUCUUUAUAGUGCUCAAAUACUGUUGCUCCGGUUGAAAGAAGGCAGACUGUGUAGUUGCACCUUUUCCAAGACUCAUCACUUCUGGAUUGGAAUUCCAAACUGUUGCACUGUAAGACCACCACAUAACAGAGUUAAAUUCCAGGUUUCCAAGGUGAAUGAUAAACAAUCAGUAGUUGAUAGAAGAAUGGCUACUAGUGCAGAGGGAACUAAAAUACCUAUUGGAAAAAGUUCCAGUGGAGCACAUGAUGGAAGUCAUCAUUCAUUAGAAGCACAAAUGAAACACAUCAACCUGUCCUUUUCAGCUUGUGGCUUUCUGGGAAUUUACCACUUGGGGGCAGCAGCUGCUUUUUACAGGCAUGGUAAGAAGUUACUGACAGGUGUGAAAGCUUUUGCGGGAGCUUCUGCGGGAUCUCUGACUGCCGCUGUCUUGUUAGCAGUGCCAGAAAAUAUAGAGCAAUGUAAGCACUUUGCCUAUGGAUUUGCAGAGGAAGUCAGAAAAUUGAACUUCGGUGCUGUAACGCCUGGUUAUGAUUUUAUGAAAACACUUAGGGAGGGCAUAGAGUCUAUUCUUCCUUCUAAUGUUCAUGAGAUAGCUGAGAACCGGCUCUAUGUGUCAGUCACUAACUCAAAAAGUGGGGAAAAUCACUUGGUUUCAAAUUUUUCCUCCAGGGAGGACCUCAUUAAGGUCCUGCUAGCAAGUAGCUUUAUACCAGUAUAUGCAGGAAUUAAGGCAGUGGAAUAUAAAGGAGAGAAGUGGGUUGAUGGUGGCCUUACCAAUGGCCUUCCUAUCUUGCCUGUUGGAAGAACUGUGACGAUUUCUCCUUUCAGUGGUCGAUUGGAUAUCUGUCCACAAGAUAAAGGACGUGUGGAUCUUUAUGUUAAACUAGCAAAACAAGAUAUGAUGCUGUCACUGGCCAACCUAGUAAGACUUAAUCAAGCUUUGUUCCCACCAGACCAGGAGAAAAUGGAAUCAUUGUACCAAAAUGGCUUUGAUGAUGCUGUACGCUUCUUACUGAAAGAAAACUGGUUCGAGUAGAUGGCACAUAAAAAAGUAGCGAGACAUGAUGGCUGUCAAAACACAGCUACAGGCUGCCUGGAGAAUCUCAGGGAUUGCUGCCCCGGUUGCUGCUUGUGAAAAUAAAGAUCCUAAUGGAUUUGAGUCUGCUUCUGCUGAGAAAGUAUGAAUUGCACUCCAAAGAACUGUAUAAACAUGUCAGAAUGGAAAUAGUGCUUGCCUGGUGGAUGUCUUGUUUUGAGGAGGUUCCACUUAAAUUCAUUCUGCUUCAGCUGGGGAUUUGAGUGUGGGAUUUGUAAAAGGCUUGUGUUGUCAUAAUAACAGAAAUUUGGAAAAUUCUUUUUCAGUUGAGAGACAAAUCAAUGUAAUAUCAUGAAAAAUUACAAUCUAUAUUAUUCACUUGUGCAUAUUAAUUGGAUGCUCUCAAGUGUUACUGAUCUAAAGCAUUUCUUGCAGUGUUCUAAAGGACUUGAAGAUUACGCACUAGCUACAAAAAAUAAAACAUGUGCACUCUUAUUUUGUGUAUUUUUUUCACAUUAAAAUGUCUUAAUUUUUCAGUGAAUGUGUUCUUUUAAAAUUUGAAACACUGAAAUUUGUAGCAGAAGUGUGAUAUAAAAAUAGCUUGUAAAGGGUAUAAGAAGUUGUCAUAUUUAUUAUAUUUUCUUCCUCUGCCAAAAUUGAAUAAAUAUAUUUUCUUGAAUCUUUUGUCAAGAGUUCAUUUAUAAGUUUCAUGGAAUGCUAUACCUUAAGUUCAGGAUCUUCAGUCUUAAUGUCUAAAUGCUAAAAUCCACAACCAUUUAUUUAAAAGCAAAGAGUACUGGUUUAUCAGUGUAGGGUUAAGUUGGUUUAUGUAAAAAAUUUAAAAAAAAAAAAAUUGGAGGUUGAAUUAAGCAUGUAUGAAAUUUUAGAAUUCCUAAGAACAACUGAAAAACCUGUGGCUAAGGAAAAAAAAAAACCCUUCCAUAACUGUUUGAAAUCCUCUCCAGCAUGUAACCACCUGAUUUAUAUUUAUAUGUAGAUUGCAUCAAAUUAGCAUUCAUGAGCAUGAGAUUGAAUUAUUUUAGUACUGUUUUUGAUAAUGAAAGAAAUUUUAAAAAAAAAGGAAAAGGCCAGUGUAAGGCCCCUCACUUUCAUUUUGAACAGCAACUCUUUCUGGAUGCAGGAGAUUCUGUAUACAGUGAAAACAGGAUAGGUUGUGUGAUUUCCAGAUCUGUAGGACAGCAUUUUUGCAUUUAAAGCUGAAAUAAGUUACCUUUGGUCUACCAAGGCACCUGUGCCUCGCUCACUUGCAUUCUCAUUUAUAGAGAGGAUAACUUUCAGCAUGAAUAGCAAUAGUAGAUAAUGCUAUUAAAAAUUUCUCUCCUUUCAUGUUGAUCUGCUACGGUCGAAGUCUCUGAUUCAAUGGUAAUACCUGUUCUGGAAUUCUGGUGGAAUCUUGAAACAACUCUUUUUCACUGAGGGAAACACUGAGAAAUCCAACAAGAUCAGAGCUUCUUCAACUUUGUUUCAACAGUAGUUGAAUUCUUCAGGGAGUGAAUAUUAGCCUUUUUGAAUGGACAAAGUUCAGGGGGGUUUUACCACUUUGCAAGUUCUUCAGUUGUUAUGGCUCUUUCCUAGCUAAUUGUGCUGACUAAUAACCAGAAUUUUCUGUUAAAACAUCAUAAUCAGUUGUGCUGAAAAGGAAUCCUUGCCACCUUGUUUACGUUUCUCACAAAAGCCUAAGGUAUUAGGAAGUCCUUUUUAACAAGUCCUAUAUAAGUGGAGUUGAAAAUCAGUUAGUGAUCUCUUUUGUCAAAAUAUACCCCAAUGAAAUAAAUGAAUUUUUAAUUUCAAGAAUACUUCUGAAAGAGAUUCUGUUGCUUCUUUUAGAUUCAUUUUAGGUGUAGUCCUUGUGUGGAUGAAAGCAGAACCUCCACUCAUCAGAAUUUUCUGAUGGACUUGCUACACAAAUAGGCUGUAUAACUAUUUUUCAAAAAUACAUUACUAAUAUCUUAGAAGGGUGAAGGAAAUGAAAUUUGCAAAAACUCCUACCUACUUUGUACCAUGAUGCUGUUGAUAAGUGUUGCAAUGAAUAUAAUUGCAAACAAUACUUAUAAUUUAAAUAGAAGGUUCAGUUUCUACUGAAGCAUUACUAGCUCUUCUAGCUGUGUUGUCUGGGAAACCAUUGCUUUGGUUUGUUUGGGGUUUGAUUCAGAUUUUAUGAAUACUUUUGAAAAUCAUUAGUCAAACCUAGAAAAUGAGAUGGCUAAGGUAAUAUUUUAUCAUGAGAAUGAACAUAUUUUUAAUUACAAAGCCCAAUGUUAAUAUCUCUUCUGAUAUUACUUCAGAUUAUGCUAAGGAUAUGCUAAGACACUUUUUCUUGUUUAAAUAUUCUGUGCAGAAAUAUACUUAGACAGGUAAGACAUACAAAGCCUAAGAGACUAUUAAGAACAUAUAAUUUCUGUCCUGCAUCUGUAUCUUUCCCUCUUGGUCUAUAAAGAUUGUCUUAGGCAGCAGAGAUCAUUCUAUGCUGAAAUACGUUUAUUGAUUUUUGGAAGCUAGUCUGAGAUCCUGUUAUACUCCAGAGAUGUGUCUCACAUGAUUUAGGUAUUAUUUGGUCAGGGAGUAAUUUUUUUCUUAAAGAAUUUCAUAUUCUCCCAAAGAAAGACUUGUGUUCAAGAAUGUAAGUUGUGUGGCUACACUGUUUCUCCUAUAGUCAGAUCAGUUACCACCAUUUUUUGUUCAUAUGCAACAAAGGAACAGCAAAUUUGAAAAAGAUUUUUUGUAUACUGACAAAGGAGAGAACUCGUGCAAUUAUAAUUGUACUAGGGAAAGAUGGAGAAGCAUUAAGAAAUCUACUUUCCAGAUUUAUGAACUGGACAGCUCUGUAGGACUUGGUGCCUUACAAUUUAAUUAUAAUUUUGCUAAGGAUAGACAACAUGACACCUACUGAGACCAGAAAAUUGGCAUUUCAAUGUGAGAACAGAAAAAUACAAUAGGUUUCCAUUUCUCCUCAUGAAGCUGACUAUGAAAGGAAAAAACAUAGACCACCUAAGUCUGUCUUUAACCAUUAGUUAAGUUAGUGUUCUCCAUAACUGAAUGUUGUUAGUAUAACAUAAAUGAAGUUACUUUAGGCUCUUUUGCAUGACAAAAGGUAAAGAGGGCAUGCCCAGGUGUUGUAAGCCCAAGUCUUCAGUUAAAACUUCACUCUCUGCAUGGUGAGGCAAAGAACAGCUUCACCUCUUCUUAGAGCUGUUGAGGAAGAUCACUUCAGUCCUUGAAAUGAAAGAAACUCAUUCCUGUGUGGAAAUUGGAUAGUGUUGGGAUGUAGCAUUCAAUUAAUGCUUGUAUUCUUGGUUUUCAUGAUUUUCAUGUUUCAGAAAUGCAGUGAAUUUUUAUGUGAACAUAUCAAUUACUCUGUCUAGGAUAUUCAGGAGUAAUUCUGUGUUUUCCCAAGAGCUCUGUUUUCCUAAAAAGACUCGACUCUGAAACGUGCUCUGAGAUUGAAAAAUUUGGUCACCUUUGUGUGUAGAGAUUGGAAAUGAAGAUCACUAUAAAAUGCAACAAUUCUUUUGUUAGCUAAUACAAAUAGCAAUUGGCUGUGAGUACUAGGCUAAGCAGUAAUGCUCAUCAUCCAGAUGAGCAUUUAUACAUCUAUAAAUAUCUGAUACCUAGACAAGUACUUUAUUUCUUCAAGAGCAGUUCUUUAUAUGAACUUCAAUACCCAUCCUUUCUCCCAGCUCCCUCUUCAUAUGAACAUCAAUUUCAAUCCUUUUUCCCAUCUUCUUUUGUUUUUCUAGAUAACUAUAUGGCAUGUAUGCUAUUAUCCUGUAUAUUUUUCUGUGGUCCAAUAAGUCUGUGAAGUGUUUUCUGUCCAGUUUUCCACACUGUAAUGUAAUUUAUACACAAUGCAUCUUGAAAUCUGUAAUUACUGUUAAACUUCUAGCUCUGGAUGUAUUAAAUAAUCCUUAAUACCAGAUGAA